AUGCAGCCGAUCAGUAUACUGCUCGCAUUAAUUAUUGGCUAUAUAGCUUUAUUGACCAUGACUUGUUCUUUUUCGAUUAAUAACAAUCAGAAUGUUCAAUCAUCCAUCGCCAAUAUGCGUCUGAAACGUGCACUAGCUCACAAACGUUUUUAUGAUUUUGGUUCUCGCUCGGUUAACAUCAAUGAUGAUGAUUUACACGAAUUCAAUGAUGAAUACAAUCGUUUACGACGUUUCUAUGAUUUUGGUACGAAGAAACGUUUGGUAACACGUUUCUAUGAUUUUGGCUCAAAAAAGAAGCGUUCAGUUGAAUAA